CACAACGGUCUCCCUCUCUCUCUCUCUCUCUCUCUCUCUCUCUCAUGUUCACUCACUCUCUCUGCUGCUACAAGCCGACGACAAUCUCCGCGUUGGCAAAGAUUCCCUCUGUGUCCUUUUCCUUUCUUUUACUUUUCUUUCGUUUCCUUAUCUCCUUCUUCCUCUCCACUAACCCUAGUUUUCGAUUUUCCUGAGAAACAAACGCAUGGUCUAAACUAUCGCACUCAAAAUCAACGUCAGCAUGCCAUUCUGUCUAUCCCAAUAACCACCUAGCUUUCAUCUCUUGCUUUUUUCAACUUUUUUUGAGUUGAGGUUUUUCGGAGGUUCGAAUGGGGUGUUCGAACUCCAAGGUGGACGAUCUUCCGGCGGUGGCGCUGUGCCGGGAGAGACUGACCUUCCUGGACGACGCGAUCCGCCAGCGCUAUGCGCUCGCUGAGGCCCACUGCGCUUACAUUCACUCCCUCAAACUAAUCGGCCACUCCCUCCACCUCUUCAUCGAGCAAGACCUCACUGCCACUGGUUCGCCGGAAUCCCCAGAGCCCAAUCUGAAGACCCACAAGAAGGGCGAACCGGUUGUUCUUCGCGAGGACUCGGGUCACCUCAAUUUCAACUCCGGGUCGGACUCCGAAGACGACGAUUCGGGUUCGCUCCACCACCACCUCUCGGGUGACGCCUCGCCUCUUCACCAUCUUGAGUACAUGGAUACGGAUACGAAUAGGAAUAUGGGUCAAAAUGAAGAGCUGGGUUCGUUUCAGUUUCCAAAUUUGUAUCCAGGUGGUGGUCUUGGUGGGGGUGGGUUUACGCACAUGAAUUACAUGAAGAACAAAGCGACGCCGCCUUCGGUGGUGUACGAGCAGAGGCCGGCGAGUCCAGAGACGGUAUAUAUGGGUGAAUCUUCUUCUGCUGGUUAUUCUGGCUAUCCUUAUCCUUAUUAUGGAAAUAGUAAUCCUGGUAUUAGUCCCAGUCCUUAUUCUUCGUAUGAUGGGGCUGCUCCUUCCAAAUCCAAUUAUGGUAAUUAUGGUGGUGGCGGUGGCGGGUAUUAUGCGAAUUCGCCGAAUCAGGCCGCGGAGACUUCGUCACAGAAGCAGACGCCGCCGCCACCCUCGCCGCCUAGGUCUUCGGCGUGGGAUUUUUUUAACCCUUUUGAGAGUUAUGAUGGGUACUACGCGGCGUUUACGCCGAGCAGGGACUCGAAGGAGCUGAGGGACGAGGAGGGGAUUCCGGACUUGGAAGACGAGGAUGAGGUAGUGAAGGAGGUUCAUGGGGAUCAGAAGUUUAUUGCUGAUGGGGGUAAGAGCGGUGGUGGUGGUGGGAGUCAUUCCAAGGCUGUGGUGGACGACAGUCAGGCCUCGGCCUCGCUCUACGAGUCGAGGCCGAGUGCUGCGCAGGAGAGUGAUGGGGUGGAGUAUGAGGUGCACAUGGUGGAGAAGAAAGUUGUUGGUAAUGAGGAGAGAGGGGAGGAGAUUAGGGCCGGGUUUAAGGGAUCGCGGAGUGUGUUUCAGGUGGCAAAGGAGAUUGAGGUUCAGUUUGAGAGAGCUUCCGAGUCCGGGAAUGAGAUUGCGAAAAUUCUUGAGGUGGGAAGGCUUCCUUAUAACCGCAAACAUGGCGUUUAUCAAGUUUCUUCCAUGAUGUUGAACGUGGUUUCUCCCUCGAUGCCGUUGGUAUCCUCACAGCCUUCUACUUCUAAGGGCGCGGAGUCGUCCUCUGCUGACAAGGCCGCUCAGUUGGACAUGGAUGAAGAUGUGGCAGGUUUGAGAUCUAGAACUCUUUCGUCUACCUUACAGAAACUAUAUCUUUGGGAGAAGAAACUCUAUAACGAAGUUAAGGCUGAGGAGAAAAUGCGGGUAGCACAUGACAGAAAGGUAGAUAAGCUGAAGCGCUUAGACCAAAGGGGUGCUGACUUUCAGAAAGUUGAUACCACUCGGACUUUAAUAAGGAGUCUGUCCACAAAAAUAGGCAUGGCAAUUCAGGUUGUUGACAAGAUAUCGGUGACGAUAAACAAGAUUAGGGAUGAAGAGCUGUGGCCACAACUAAAUGAAUUGAUUAUAGGGUUGACUAGAAUGUGGAAAUGUAUGCUUGAAUGCCAUCAUAUUCAGUUCCAAGCAAUUGGAGAAGCCAAAGGUUUAGGUCCAAUUGGAUCAGGCAAGAAGCCUAGUGAUGCUCAUGUUAGAGCCACUUCGGAGCUUGCGCGUGAGCUUAUUGGGUGGACUGACAGAUUCCUUAGUUGGGUAAGGGCCCAGAAGGGAUAUGUGACAGCCUUGAAUAAUUGGCUUCUGAAAUGUCUCCUGUAUGAACCUGAGGAAACAGUUGAUGGGGUCGCUCCUUUUUCACCUAGUAGAGUUGGUGCACCGCCUGUGUUUGUAAUCUGUAAUCAGUGGUCACAAGCUUUGGAGAGAAUAUCUGAAAAGCAAGUGGUUGACUCUAUGCGUAGUUUUACCAAGAUUGUGUGUCAGAUCUUGGAACAAAAUAAACUAGAAAUGCACCAGAAGAUGAUGGCAAACAAAGAUCUGGAGGGGAAAGUAAAAGAGAUGGAUAGAGAGGACCAAAAGUUACAGAAGCAGGCUCGAGCAUUAGACAAAAAAUUGGGUCUGGUCUCUGGGGAUGGUGAAAGUCUCACAGUUGGACAGAUUGUAUAUCAGAGUGAUACUCGCAAUCGUAGUCUACAGUCAGGUCUGCAGCACAUUUUUGAGGCCAUGGAGAAAUUCACGGCUGACUCCAUGAAAGCCUAUGAGGAGCUUUUGGAACGUAAUGAAGAAGAAAAGAAAAGGGUUCUCCAGGAGCGUGUAAGAGUUUCAUAGGGCUGAGUAGUUAAUACAAGUGUCAAUGCUUUUGCAUUCGAAAUUUGGUUCAUCACCUACAGCUAGACAGCCUAGGAACUUUGAGGGACUUAUCAUAUGGAGUCAAUGAAUUUGUUCUAUUCUCUC